AAUUGCCAAGGGCCAACCCGGCAUUUCGAGUUUGCUUUUGGCCGGCGUCCAGUUUACAUUUUCUAUCCUCUGAAGAACUCAGAAAAUUACAUUUUCUACCCUCCACAGUUUAAAAGAGGUAGUGCCAGUUUAAGGGUGCGGUUGUAGUACAUGUGUUACCUCGUCUUCUGGAACCAGCUCUUUCAAAGGGGCACCUGUUUCAAAGGGGCACCUGUUUCAAAGGGGCACCUGUUUCAAAGAGGUGCUUUGUUGGAAGGCACUGAAACCACACCACACUGCGAACCACAAAACCAUCAGACAAGUAUUGGAAAAGGCGGAACUGGAUGCGGGCUCUUCAGCCACCGACCUCGCCUCCAAAGGCGGCCGGGCAGUCGACACAGAAGCGCUAACCAAACCACAAACUGGACCUACAAAGCCCCCGCCAGAUGAGGAACGUCACCCAUUAAACCCCACCCUUGACUGGGUACCAAAGAACAGCAAACCACCAGCAGAGUACAAUUUUUUUAUUUUUUUUUCCGGGCUGGCAGCACCAGCCAUUUCGCCGCAGUACAACCCUUCAUCCAAAGAGCCCGGAUUGAUGCAUUUUUUGAUCCUCAAGUUUGCCUGGCGAGGUACCAGUGUGGUUUAAAUCUGCCAUCCACCCAUCUGUUAAAACUUCUCCGCCGCUCAAGUUAUAAUAAUGUAAGAGACCAUCAAGGGUCGAGAACGGUUCCACUUCAUCCUCUUCCCAAAAGUGGCUCGCUGCCUGAGAAAGCUCCAACCAAACGUUUGCUCAAAACGCGUUAUCGGCAAAAUUUUCACCAGGGGCUUGCAUCUUCGCCGCAAUGCUGACCACAAUAGCUCACCCGAAAACUCAUGACCGACAGACAUGAACCCCUCCAACAUUGCAAAAGCCCAACAUACAGAGGCACAACUAUACGCUAAACUGAAAUUGCAGAGGUUUGCAGGCACCACCAGGUUCACCAAUCGGUACCUCGCACAACUCCAUGGCAGAGUGCCGACUUUCCAUGAUGGCAUACAGUGUACACUCUGUACACAACCGCUUUCUGAAGCGGCACUAUUUCCAGGGAAGGAGCAAGGACACUCUACAGGGAACCAAGAACAUGCAGCAGUGAAGGAGCCAUCAUGGCCAUUCGUUGGUGGUGUCCUCGAUGGCUGUCCGAGGUUUUCCCCACAAAGCGCACAGGACAAGGAGAACAGCACCGCGCAUCAAAAGUACCCCCCUGCGCAACUGCCAGAAACAGCCACGGAUGCCCCAAAACAGCCGGCAAGUACCCACACGUCAAACCCACCAGCUGCACAUGAAUGUCGCGUCCUCAGAGAGAUGCUUUAACCUUCUUGGCGUUCUUAAUGAAGUACAACGCUUCCAAAACUGUCAAAAGGACCCAGGGAACGCUUUUCCUCCCCUACUACACCACCUAUUCACUCCCUGGAACACACCAACGGCAACGGCAAGAGUUGUUUAGAUACAUUAGAGUUCAUUCUACACGAACUGAACAAGAACAAACCAUCAUCAUACCGGGCAUACCCCCCAAUGUUUCCGUCUCACCACCAACUUGCUCGCUCCACAGAGCGUAACAGCCUCAUUCCGAACAAAUCUCCAAUGCAAUAAGACGAGCAAAGCGACCGAGCACAGAUAAGCCGCACUAAACAAGACGAGGCAAAAGCAACCCCAUGCACUACACGCAAGUGUGGGGGUAGGGGCAUUAGCAUAUACCGGCAGCACAAGCAUUGAAAAUCACAAAGGAACAAAAGAGGCAUUUCCCACAAAACGACGAUCGCACGUGCAAGGACGGAACAGCCCUUUCGCAAAUCAUACCAAAGUUGUCUUCCACAUCAGAUCCUGAUUUUAUUCAAUAAAAAGAGUCAGCGUACAGGCCAGAACCUCAUGCUAGGAUGACAUAAAUUUCACCACAGUUAUUACCACAGGGCAGCAAUAAAUUUCAGGACUCUUUUCAGCAAAAGAGCAUCAGCAAAACUACACCACGAGAUCAGUCCCAGUGAGAGAACACUAGCAUUCGCACGACCCUCAGCAAAACUACACCACGAGAUCGGUCCCAGUGAGAGAACACUAGCAUUCGCACAAUCGCACAGGAUAGACAUACAAUGCUUCCAAACACACAUACAAUAGCUUCAUCAAAUGCAAGACUUGCAACCUUAGAAAAGACUUGUGAAACCAGAACCAAAUAGCCGUCAAAGCCAAAUUCAUAAGAUUCAACACUGUCAUAUGUUCCUCGGCUACAUCACGCUGGAAAAGAAACAGCAGUGCAAAAAAUGAACCAAGCCAGGAAUUUAACGCACAGAAUUCACAUCCAUAUCACAUUCUUGCAGCAUCCAAUAGUCCACCACUGAGUGCCAACACAUUAUAUGAAGAAAGAGAAGGCAGCUCCACUACGUCGACCAUGUCUUGACGACAACAGUCAGUAGUGACAAUACUUGACAACAAAACCAUCGAUGACAGCAUGUGGUAUAGUGUCCUCAUUAGGAGGAGAUGCAAACAUACAGCUCUGCAUAUGUUCGAUGACAGAUCUUCAAGGCUUUGAGGACACUAUCCCACAUGCCUUGAAGAUCAUAAAACAAUUUUGGCAGGAGGACAUGCAUACAUGCAUACAUGCCUUGAGGACAUGCAUACAUGCAUGCAGGUAUGUUUGUGAGGAGGCAGGCAUAAGAGAUGAAGAUCAUAAAACAAUUGAGGACAUGCAUACAUGCAUGCAGGUAUGUUUGUGAGGAGGCAGGCAUAAGAGAUGCGCAGAGAGAAAGAGAUGUUGAAUCCCUACACAUCACCUGGAAGUGCCUGCACUGAUGAUCUUCAAGGCAGAGUAAUCGCAUUACUCUACCGGCAAACAAAGCUGCUCAGGCCCUUGCUUGUCCCUACCUGGUCUCCAAGCCACCUACCCAAUUCGUGAUUGACGUGGAUGUACGCUCAUUCACCUGCCUGGCCAGCUACCCACUCAGGGUCAGGAAAGCCCUGAUGACACACCCAAAAAAACUUUGUCCUGCUUCAAACACAGACACACAGGCCAACACUGCACAGGUAUGGUGCUGAACAAAUCACUGCCCAAAAA